CUGUUCUUAAAAGGAGUCUUCUGGGGUUUGUGUGCAUCAGUGAGUUAAGCUUUUUGAAGGAGAAGGGAUAAGUGAGAAGAGAGAACAGAGAGAGAAGAGAGUGAGAAAAUGUCUAAGGAAGUGAGUGAAGAAGGGCAGAGCCAUGGGAAGGACUAUGUGGAUCCACCACCUGCUCCACUGAUUGACAUAGCUGAGAUCAAGCUUUGGUCUUUUUACAGAGCCGUGAUAGCUGAGUUCAUAGCAACCCUUCUUUUCCUCUACAUCACUGUGGCCACGGUCAUAGGCUACAAGAAGCAGGCUGAUCCAUGUGGUGGCGUGGGGCUUCUGGGUGUUGCAUGGGCCUUUGGUGGGAUGAUUUUCAUUCUCGUGUACUGCACUGCCGGAAUCUCUGGUGGGCACAUCAACCCUGCUGUGACCUUCGGGUUGUUCUUGGCCAGGAAGGUGUCUCUUAUCCGGGCUUUGGCCUACAUGGUGGCUCAGUGUUUGGGAGCCAUUUGCGGUGUUGGGUUGGUGAAAGCCUUCAUGAAAUCCUUCUACAAUUCACUUGGUGGUGGUGCCAACUCCGUCGCCGCCGGCUACAACAAAGGCACAGCUCUUGGUGCUGAAAUCAUCGGCACUUUCGUGCUCGUGUACACUGUUUUCUCAGCCACUGACCCCAAGAGAAGCGCCAGAGAUUCCCACGUCCCUGUUUUGGCUCCACUGCCCAUUGGGUUUGCUGUCUUCAUGGUCCACCUUGCCACCAUCCCCAUCACCGGCACCGGCAUCAACCCCGCCAGGAGCUUCGGCGCCGCCGUCAUCUACAACAAUGAAAAAGUUUGGGACGACCAGUGGAUCUUCUGGGUCGGACCAUUUGUGGGAGCACUAGCUGCAGCAGCAUACCACCAGUACAUACUGAGAGCAGCUGCCAUCAAAGCUUUGGGAUCAUUCCGCAGCAACCCCACCAACUAAAAACCCACAACACCCCUCCCUCCACCAUAAAACAAAAAAAAUCCCAUUUCUAUUUGUUUGUUUGUGUGUACCAGAGAUGAUUAUGAUGAUGAUGUUGAUGAUGAGAGCCCCUCUCUUCAUUUUUUUUGUUUUUCUUUUUUUUUUUCUUUCUUUGUAUCUUUUGUUCCAUAAUUUAAUCCUUCUUUGUUAGCUUUGGGCUUUUGUGUAUUAUAUUCUUAUUUGCAUUGGAUAUUAACCAAUAGUGGUUUGUCUUCU